UUUUUUUUCUAAGAGCGGGAAAGCAUAGCCCCUACCGAACUUCCUGAUAAUAAUCCUUCCAAGUUGUCCCUGUUGUUCCAAUAUACUAUGAAAUACUACAUCUACGGCCACGAUGUUCAUACGGCAAGUUGCAGAUAAUCAAGUUUUCACAAGCACUCAUGGCCAAAUACUUGUAUCCAUUGUCAAUAUAUCAAUACGCAAUUUUAUAUCAGUCUUUAUUCCAACAAUAUUGCGACAAUUUAUUAGUUACACCACCGAAGCUGGUUUUCACAAGCUUAAUUCGUCAGCCAAGCUGAAGUCGAUAAUUGGUACGCUCUUUGGCACCGGCAUAGCCUUGAUGGCCCAUGCAAUUGGGACCUGGCGGGAUGAGAAAGCAGGGACGGCAACAUCGACAAGUCGCCGUUCGCGAGCUAUUAUGGUCAGUACAGUUUUCGCCGCAGGCAUGGGUGAAUUUUAUACUGGCGCCGCCGCGGGCAAUGCUUCAACACACGUUGCCUUCACUCUCUAUACAGCGAUGCGUGACCUAAUGGUACAAUCACGGUUGCGGCUGCAUAAUCCAAACACAUCUGGCACAAAGCCUGACUGGAUACACUUCAGCAUUAUGAUGACCCUAAUGACUAUAAUUUCGGGUUUGGUCAACUUUGGCAUGUCAACAUUGGCAUCACCUUCAGGACAGGCCGCCUGGCCUGCUAGACUGAGCUUUAUAGAGCAGCUUCGGUAUGCUGUAAUACGCGGCGGUUUAAAUUUGAUUGGUGAAACCGGUGAUGAUUUUCUAUUUCAGAUCAUCCCUUCUAUACGCUCGCAGUUUAAGGGUGUUGAGAAUCCUCAUGUCCUCCAGCUAAGUCUCAAAGAUGUCGGCUAUCACAAGGGUUAUCUUACCAACGCGGCAUUGGGGCCAUGGGCUGCGCGGACUGGCCUCCUGGCGACAACUGUUGCUAUGCUAGGUAUUACGGCGCCAUACCUUGAAAAUAACAUGCGGCUUUUAGAAGGAAUUUCUGAUUUAAUAGUCGGCAUUAGCAACGGACCGCUCUAUGAGCCCUUUGCAAACUCGGGAUCAGGACAGCCGGAUCCCGUCCGCACCAAAUGUAGCAGUGACGAGGAGAACCAGAAGGAUUGUAGUCAAUUCAAUGACGCUGCUAGUAUACGCAGCUAUAUGCACCCGAAUAUUGAUAUGACGAAUAGUGCAGAAAUCAGACCGUGGGACGAAAAUCUGGGGCAUCAUAGGCCGAAUUCCCCAGAUACCGAAUUUACCGAGUCUUGUAACGAAAAAGCCUCGUCUAUCCAAUCACAAGAAAUUGUCCUAUCAAGAGCAGAUGACUGUGUAUUGGUGCAGUCUUUUAGCUCCUCCUCAUCAGAAUCAACAUAUCCUUGCAACCUAGAGCAGCCCCCAUUGAGUAGCGUCCAAAUCACGAAUACCACGAAUACCACAAAUAUCACGAAUGCCACGAAUAAUACGAAUAAUACGAAUGCCAUGAACACCACGAAUACCAUGAAUACCAGGAGUAGCUGGAAUGAUGAAUAUGCUGCUUCUGAGGAACAAUCCGGACAUAAACAACAAUGCGCAAUAGCCGACAACAUUGUGGCUAUUGGAAUUGCUGCACUACAACGCAAUCCUCGCCUUGGAAAGCCCAUGCUAGCCACCCCAAUGUCAGAUAUUGGUGGUACUGGGAUAUUUGCGUGUAUACCGCGCCAAGCACGAGCAGCCGCUGCAAUAAAGGCCAAUGCAUACAGGCUCAGUGCUAAUAUUAUACGCAGAGCUUUACACUUUGAAGGUUGCUGCAAUUUCUUUGUCGCCCAUAUUAGUGAGGCUACUAGGUUGCAAAAGGUGCUGCAGCCUAACUGCAUGAAUAAAGUGGCAAUUAAUGUCUUUGAUGGCAAGCUGAUUGGCGCUGUUCAGCAACAACUCAUUAAAUACAUGUACAUUUACAGAGUUAUCCCUGCACUUAAUAGCCUGAAGCAGGUGCAUCAAUGGUAUAUGUAUGUGGCAGAUGCAAUCCAACAGCUAGUUGUUAAGCUAAGCAGGGGCCAAACAGAACCCCCACAAACGAUUAUAAUAAAAUAGCAACAGGAUAGCUACUUGAAUAGAAAUAGGGCUGGUACCCAAACAAUAACUUGGAGAUAGCAAGGUAGACCAUAAACCCGCCAAGGAUCAUAGAGCAUAGUGCGACUGCAGGUAGAAUAACCUAAAGGAAAGUAGAGGGUUCUGAC